UCUCACACGCCCUGUUCCUUGGCCUCUUAUCGCUCUUUCUUCCCCUGUUCAUUUCUCCGGCGACUGUUAGCGAGUGAGAGAUAGAGAGCGAUGCAAACGAGGAGCGGGUCGCGAUACACGAAGCCCCCGUCGGAGGUGGAUGGUUGGGAAGGAAGGAAGGAGAGGGAGAGAAAGAGGCGGAGAGGACAAGUGAGGGAAGAUUUCUCCGGGAAGCGGCGCCGCUGCUCGUCGCCUGCUGCGGCGGAGGGAGGUGGUGGUCAGAAACCGGACUUCUUUGAUGGCUUGCCGGACGAUAUUGUUGUCUGUAUCCUUUCCAAGCUCAGCUCUUCCGCCACCAGCGCUUCCCACCUAAUCAACAUACUCCUGACAUGUAAGAGAUUGAACGGAUUAGGUCUGCAUCCCCUGGUUCUUUCGAAGGCGUCGGCGAAAUCGCUCACCGUCCGGGCCAAGAACUGGUCCGAAUCCGCCCAUCGCUUCUUGAAGCAGUGCGCCGAUGCCGGAAAUUUUGAAGCGUGCUAUAUCCUCGGCAUGAUCCGAUUCUACUGCCUCCAGAACAGGGGGAGCGGGGCGGCGCUGAUGGCGCGGGCGGCGAUAGGAUCGCACGCGGCAGCGCUCUACUCGCUGGCGGUGGUCCAGUUCAACGGCAGCGGCGGGUCGAAGAACGACAAGGAUCUCCGGGCCGGCGUCGCGCUCUGCGCCCGCGCCGCCUUCCUCGGCCACGUGGACGCCCUCCGCGAGCUGGGCCACUGCCUCCAGGACGGCUACGGCGUCCGCCGGAACGUCGCCGAGGGUCGCCGCUUCCUCGUCCAGGCCAACGCCCGGGAGCUCGCAGCCGUUCUCUCUUCCGCCCGCUGGCCACCGGCGGAGGCGGCGGUGCCGACAGGGUGCUGCCCGCUGCUGAGCGACUUCGGGUGGAGCGUGCCGGCGCCGGAGCCGCACCCGGCGAACCGGUUCCUGGUGGAGUGGUUUGGGGCGCGGGGGGCCGGGGCGGGGGAGGGGCUGAGGCUUUGCUCGCACGGGGAGUGCGGGCGGCCGGAGACUCGGCGGCACGAGUUCCGGCGGUGCUCGGUGUGCGGGACCGUGAACUACUGCUCCCGGGCGUGCCAGGCGCUUGACUGGAAGCUCGCCCACAAGGCCAAGUGCACCCCCAUGGACCGCUGGCUCCUCGACGGCGGCGCUGCUGCUGCGGCCGAGGUCGCGGCGGCCGGAGAGUACGGCGCCGCCGCGCCGGCGGCGGCCGUUGGUGGUGACGGUGGCGGUAUGGAAUGAGAGAGGUUAGGACUCCUGUGGUCGAUGUUGGGAUGAGUUAAUUUAGAGGAGUCUUUUGUUUUUUUCUCUCUCGGUUGUACAGUUGAGAAAAAAAAUACUGCUCUCCUCUAUGUUUAUUUAUCUUUUCCCUUCUCUAAUUUAGUUUUUAGAGCACCAUUUUAGAUGGA